CCAGAGGCGGUUGCUGGGAUGGGAUCACCUCUGCUCCUCGCCUUUGAAAAUGGAACAAGAAAUGAAAGCAGACAGUGACCUGGACCUGGACCCGGAGCCGGGAUGUGCCCUGACGCCUUCUGCGCCGCCGGGACGGCCGGAGGGCUGCGAGUGGAUUGUCCAGGGCAGAGGAGCAAGGCCCCUGCCACCGCCUUUGGACCUGCCAGGCAAGCCUGGGGAGCGGAGGAGCAGGCCCCCCUUCCUGCAGCACAGCGUGCCCCCGAUGACAGAGGCGGCGGCCAGGCAAGCGCUCCUGCGCUUCGUGGCGUCCCAGUGCUGCUACGGGAGCAGAGCGGCAGGAGAGCUGGCCAUCGAGCGGCUGCGGCCGCUGGGGACGUACCGAUAUCGACUGGAGACGUUCAGCGAGUCGAGGUUAAGCGAGUGGGCGUUUGAGCCCUUCACCAGGCCCGGAGCAGCCAGACCCCCAGGGGACGCCCCUCUGGACCCCUGGGAACUGGAGGUUGGGGCCCCCCCACUCUUCCAGGGCCGGACACGGCGGUGCCGGGUGCCGCGCUCGGCGCUGGUCAGGGACUGCCACAGAUGCCACGGUCACGGCCGGUCCAAGUGCGGGGUGUGCCACGGGGCAGGUCGGACGAGGUGCGUAACGUGCAAGGGAUCCCGACGGAGGCUAAAGCAGCAAAAGAGAUGCCAGCUUUGUUCAGGUACAGGUCGCAAAAGGUGCAAUACCUGUUCUGGCCGGGGCAGCAAGACCUGUGCAACCUGUCAGGGAGAGAAAAAGCUCCAACAUUUCAAGCAGCUGGUGAUAACCUGGAAGAACAAUGUCUUUGAGUUUGUUUCUGAGCAUCAUCUGAACUUCCCAGGAGAGCUGCUCAGCGAAGUCAGUGGAGAGAAUAUAUUUAAAGAUGAAAAUGUGGUGGUGUACCCCAUCAUCGACUUUCCUGCACCCGAGAUCUCCCUGGCCUCGCGGCGAGCCAUCGCAGAGCACAGCGCGGCGCUCGCCACGUCCUCCCGCAUCCUGCGGCAGCGUCAAACCAUUGAGCUAAUCCCCAUCACAGAAGUUCACUACCAGUAUUCAGGGAAGCCUUACCUCUACUACAUCUACGGGCUCGAAAACAAGGUGUACGCGCAGGACUACCCCGAGAGGUGCUGCUGCAGCUGCACCAUCGUCUGAGGCUGUGGGAGAAAAGCACAAUUUGGGCAGCAAUCGCCCAGCGAACCCCCUGCGCCUGCGGGGACUCAGGGGUGCUCCAGGACCUUCCCACCGCACCAGGUCUGCUUGCGUCUGCAAGAGAGGACUGCCACCAAAACGGAGAAGGGCUGGAAAACCACGACCCCCUCCCUCCAAUCCUCCUGUAUCCCAGAGCAGGGCCAGCUCCAGGCCUCCCGCUGGGCGCAGGAUCAGGCCGUCGGGUAAGAUGUCCCCCCGUGGAUGUUUUCCUUUCUUGUUGCCAUGCUGUAUCAUUAAAGUGAUGUAUAUUGACAGAGACAUUUUCAGUCCAGCUAUGCAGUUUAUGACUGGUGCCGUUCUUUCCCUGGUUUAUUUGUCAGUUUUCCUCAGUUGCUACAUAAUCUAUAAUGAUAUAUUUCAAAACCUAUCCAAUUAGCAGAUCUAACUUUAAAGGAUUUCAUUUUAAAAUACCCAGUAACAUCAUCUGAGGGAUGG